CGUGUCUUCAACGUGUUUUGUCACGCUAUUUUACGCUCUUGUGGCGUUGACGUCGUCCAAUAAUCAACAGUGAGACUGCGGUACCAGCAACCAAAUCGGCUUAAAAGUAUUCAUUUACAAAUAACAUUAAAUAAUAAAAGUAAUAAAAAACACAAUAAUAAAUAAAAAUGCAAUCGCACGACAUUUGCCUGUUGCUAGUCACCUGCCUCGCUGCCAGCAUUACAGAAAGCCAAGCGAUACGAGUCGAUUGGGGCACCAACAAGGGACCCAUUGUGCCGCCCACACCUCGCACUACGCCUGCUGUCCGCCCGCCAUAUCGUGAGCCAGCACCCGUCUGGGAGGACCAAAGCGAUGACAUACCCAAUCCACAUCCAUAUGUCUAUGUCUUGCCACCACCUUCGCGUCCGCGAACCUGGCCCAUACCCAUUGGCCCCUACGAUGACAGAGACAGUCAACAGCCGAAGCGGAACUACGGCACGAUCCUGGCGCCACAACAAGCUCAGUCCCAGGGUUACAAUACCGGCGCACUUUCUGCUCAGUACGUGCCCGGUGUGGGUCUGAAAUACACAGCCGUGGUGGGAAAGGCGACAAGUGCCACGCCCACCGGAUACUAUGCGGGCAUCACGGACAAGCUGCAGGGCAAAUACAAUGCCAAGACGAAGAAGUACAAGGCAUACGAGAAGGUCAAAUACACACCGCUGAACUAUUAUCGCCUCUUCGAUCCAGACUCGCAGUACGUGCCCGAACACGAUGCUGCACAGCUGCUGGCUGGCAGCCAACAGCUGUUGCCUUUAAAGUCCAAGCCAGUAGAGUGGCAGACGCUGCCUUCCAGCUCCACUUCAAGCACGGCAGCACCCAUCGUCAGCAAAAAAAGCACGACGAUAUCUACAACAAAGGCCACAACAACGUCUACAACGAGGCUGCCCACAACAAGCAGCAAGCGUCUAAUUGGCAAUUUCAAGCUGGCACAUGAGAAGACCAGCUACGUGAAGCCAUCCCCGCUGAAGAAGAAGCAGCAGCAGCAGGCUCAGGCGAAGGCGCAUGCGGAACUGAAGGCGCACAACACGCUGCAAGGCACAAAGACAAGCUGAACGCCCAGUAGGCAUCGCAGCGAAGCAGCCACUACUUCUACUAUUACCACAUACAAACAAAAAGCAAAAACACUUAAACAAAUACGUGUACAGCAACUUUGGCAUGCCACUUU